AUGCUCUGCCGAGACAUGGGGCGCAGCGUUGCAGAAGGGCUUAGCGCAUCGGACUUCUUCAAGAUGGUCGACGACGACUCUGCACAGGGCUGCUACUGUGAGGACGAGGAGCUGCGCUCGCUGCUCGUUGAGAUUCCUGCGCCCGCCGCUGACGAAGAUGUAGGUCGGGAAGCACCCAGAGAGAGCUCGAAAGAGGAGGAGGGAUUGCAGGGCAGGGACGAGAUGAAGCAGAGAUUGUUCAGACGGCUUGACACCAACCACGACGGACUGCUUCUGUCCCCUGAGUUGUGGCCCUUCGUCGUCAGGACAGGCUUCGAUGGAAGCGAGGCGGAGUGGGAGGAGGAGUACGCCAUGCUCUGCCGAGACAUGGGGCGCAGCGUUGCAGAAGGGCUUAGCGCAUCGGACUUCUUCAAGAUGCUCGACGACGACUCUUCGCAGGGCUGCUACUGCGAGGACGAGGAGCUGCGCUCGCUGCUCGUGGAGAUUGGUGCAGUGGCCGCGGACGAUGCUGCAGGUCAGGAAGCACCCGGGCAGAGCUCGCAGGAGGAGGAGGUCCAGGGCAGGGAGGCGAUGAAGCAGACGCUGUUCAGGAGGCUCGACACCAAUUCAGACGGGCUGCUCCUCUCACCCGAGCUGUGGCCGUUCGUCGUCAAGACUGGUUUCGAUGGAAGCGAGGCGGAGUGGGAGGAGGAGUACGCCAUGCUCUGCCGAGACAUGGGGCGCAGCGUUGCAGAAGGGCUUAGCGCAUCGGACUUCUUCAAAAUGGUCGACGACGACUCCGAGCAGGGCUGCUACUGCGAGGACGAGGAGCUGCGCUCGCUGCUCGUGGAGAUUCCUGCACCCGCCGCCGACGGCGCUGCAAGCCGACGACCGCGCCCAGCGGCUGUGUCCUCGGUGGCUGCGAGGUCGCCCACGGUGACCUCGGCACCUGCGAGGGCGCCCCCGAGCAAGCCCGCGGAGGGUCCCCAGAGCGCGGAGGCGCCCGACCCGUGGGGCGCGGCUGUCCCAGACCCGUGGGCGGCGCCGGCGGCGAAGGCCGCCGCGAAGGGGCGCAAGGGCGAGAAGGGCAAGGGCAAGGGCAAGGACCGGGCCGCCGGCCCCGCGGGGGCGGCACCCCGGCAGCAGGCCCCCGCCGCCCCUCCGCAGGACAACUGGGCCCAGUGGCGCGACUCCGGCAAGCUCGGGCCGGAGCACGACCCGUCGAAGCCCGCGCUCAACGCCGCCAAGCUGCUGGAGGCCUCGCGCGCGGCCCUCGCGGCGCGCAAGGCUCGGGAGGCCCAGGAGGUCGAGCAGGAGGCCGCGGAGAUAGCCGCGGCCGCCCUCGGCGCGGGGGCUCCCGCGCGGCCCCCGGCGGCCGGGCUGCUCGAGGCGCCGCGCGCGCCCGCGGCAGCGCGCCCGGCUCGGGGCGCCGAGGGCGCGGGCCGCCCUCCCGGGGAGGGCGGCGAGGGCCUCCGGGAGGCGGGAGCUCCGGGGCAGCGGCCGGGAAGCGGCGCGGGGGCGUCCGGCGGGCCGCCGCCUCCGGCCGCCCGGGUGCCCAAGGUGGCGAGCAUGUCGGAGGCCCUCGGCCAGAUCGGCUACGCGCUGUGCCAGCUGGCGACCGGGGAGGCGGGCGCCGCGGGCGACCUGGUGACGGCGGUGCUCGGGUCGCCCAGCACGCCGCACGCGCUCGCCGUGGCCAGCAGCGCCAUGCGCUCGAUGCUGCAGGGCCGCUUCGGCGAGGCCGAGACGCUGCUGGCGCUGGACGAGCUGGUGUUCCUCCCCGGAGCUGGAGACGCGUCAGUGCUGCACGGGUUGGGAGAGCUUGCACGCUGCAUUGGCGUUCACGGGGCACCGUUUCUCAACAAAGCCAUGUUGCCUGCCCUCGUCAAGGUGGACGACAAGGCUCGGUCGGUCAGGCUCGCAGCAGAAUCAGCCACUCGGGAGAUCAUGAGCUCUAACAGCCGUUUCGCUUUCGAGGCACUUCUGCCUGCGUUGACAGCUGCUCUGGACCUGAAGCGCAGUCCUACGAUGAAGCUCCACGCCAUGCGCCUCAUUGCAGAGUGCUGGCGGGGCCGCGAUGGUGAAGCCGCUGUGUCGCACAAGCUUCCCCAGCUACUCCCUGCGGUUGUGGCCCUGCUUGUCGACACCGUCAGCGAAGUCCGAGCUGCCGCGGUUGACACCGUGAAGGUGCUGUUCAGGCUCUGCCGCAGCCGAGACCUGGAGCCCUUCUACAGCGACAUCCUCGCCUGCGCCCAGGGCACCAAGGACGGGGACGUGUCGGCAUGCGUGAGGGAGCUGGCAGAGGUCGUGUUCGUGCAGCAGGUCGAGGCAUCCGCGCUUGCCGUGGUGCUCCCUGUGCUCAUCAAGGCACUGCGCACCCGUAACCUGCGGACGCAGCGCCAGGCCUGCAUCAUCGCCAAGAACAUGUGCGGCCUCGUCUCCGCCGUGGCCGACGUGACGCCCUUCACCCCGCAGCUGCUCCCCCAGCUGGAGCGCAUCAGCGAGGACGCCUCGGACCCGGACGUGCGCGCGGUGGCGGGCAGAGCGUGCGCCUCGCUGGCGGAGGCCGCGGACCUCGACAUCGUGGGCUCCGUGCGCCAGGAUGGCUGCGCGCGGUCCUCCACAGCGCAUUCGACGACGCUGAGUCGAGGCAGGGCUCGCGGGGCGACGUUCUGGCGCCAUGCCCUGCGCCCGUUCGCGCUGUCAUUCUGGAGUACGUUGUGA